AUGGUUAAAUCAAGAAACUCUAAAAAUGGUUUUAUGUUUAAACUUAAAUCUAUUCUCCUAGUAAAUUAUUUAAACUACUCUAGAAUAAUAAAUAUAGUGAUAUUUUACAAAUCUAUCUUGAUAAAAAUGGUUUCAUUAUUAAUGAUAUGGAUAAAUUCAAGAAUUAAGUAUUGAAAGAAAACUAUAGACAUACUAAUUUUAAUAGUUUCAGAAGGUAUCCUAUUAUUUAUUAAAAGAUCAUUAAAUUUGUAUGGGUUUUCUUCAAAAAAAUACAAUAAAGGAAAAAUACUAUAUAUAAACCCUAAUUUCAAUAUUAAUUCAGAAUAACUUCCAAGAAUUUAGAUAAGGCAAGUUGAGAUAUAGGAUUUCAAAAGCGAAUUAAUUAGAGACUACAAUAUAUUAUAUGAGAUUAGAGAAAGUUAAAAAAACAUCAUGCAAUAAAUUAAAUAACUAAUUGAGGCUUAAAAUUUACUUUACUAAAAGUUUUAGAGAUAAUAUUUGGCUUAUUUAAAAGAAAGAAUAUUUUAAAGAAUACGAUUUAGAAAAUUAGAACGAUUUUGUUUUUGUUUCUAUUUUAAUAUACAAGAUUAAAAAUAUAGUAAUUGAAAAUAUUAUGUUUUGAAUAGAAAAAAUAAUAGAAAGAAGUCUGGUAAUAGUAGCAAAAACACUAUCAUAAUCAACUGAAAGUUAAAUGAUUUUAGAUGCUUACAAAUUAUAUUAAUAACAAGAAUCAUAGUAGCAAUUUACUUUCUUUUUAGAUAGAAACUUUCUAUCUAAUGGAAACAGUAAAGUACAAUCAAAUAGUCCAGGAGAAUUCGAUUUAAAUUAAAGUUUUAGUGCUUUUAGUAACUACUUAGACAUUUGAGU